AUUUUGAAGUGCACCAGUGAAUGUCAGGUAUUCUCGAAAGAGAGAGAAUGUGUCGAUUAUUAAUUAUAUUCUGUGUAAUAUUAGCAAGUGAAGCUGCAUUUCCUGAGGAAACGGAUGAGCGCAAUAAGUUUCCAACCAUUAUGGAGUUAGUUGAGGCAAAUGGAUAUCCACUGGAAACCCAUAUUGCUCAAACUGCAGACGGAUACCUUUUAACCAUGUACAGAAUUCCACACGGAAAAGCUCAGGAGACUUCAUCGUACAUUGAUAGACCUGUUGCAUUUCUACAACACGGAUUACUUACGUCUGCAGCAGACUGGAUUAUAAAUGGUGCAGAAGGUCUUGCAUACCUUCUCGCCGACGAAGGAUACGAUGUUUGGAUGGGGAAUGCAAGAGGAAACACACACUCAAGAAAUCACAUAUAUCUCAACCCCAAGAGUAAGGCAUUUUGGGACUUCAGCUGGCACGAGAUUGGCGUGUUCGACAUUCCUGCGAUGAUUGACUACACUUUGAGAGAGACGGGCAAGAAGAAAUUAAGCUAUGUAGGACACUCCCAGGGAACAACAGUGCUCUUUGUGACGCUGUCCCUUCGGCCAGAAUAUAAUGCCAAGAUUGAUAUUGUGAAUUCAUUGGCUCCAGUGGCAUAUAUGCCAAACAUAAAAUCGCCUUUCAUUCGAUAUUUCGCCCCUUUUGUCUUCAUCAUUGACAAAAUUACUAGUUUAUUGGGGAUGAAUGAAUUCGCUCCUAGCACACCAAUGAUGCAACUUGGUGGAUAUUUUCUAUGCAAAGAUAAUUCAAUUUUCCAAGAAUUGUGCGCUAAUUCACUCUUCCUAAUUGCCGGUUUUAAUUCGGAACAGCUUAAUAGGACUGUCUUGCCUCUAAUGCUGGCUUUUACACCUGCCGGAGCUUCAAGUAAACAGUUAGUUCAUUAUGGGCAGCUCUUCAAUUCCGGGAAAUUCCGCCAAUUUGAUUAUGGAUGGCUUGGCAAUUUAAGAAAGUACGGAUCGUUCCAGCCACCAGAAUACCCACUGGAAGCUAUCACGGCUCCCAUUGCUCUGCAUUUUAGCGACAAUGAUUGGUUAUCCGCUGUCAGUGAUGUUCAACAUCUCCAGUCUAGACUGAGGAGCGUUGUGGGAGCUUUUCGAGUGCCUCUCGCCGCAUUUAAUCACCUUGAUUUCAUCUUUGCCAUCGAUGUGAAGUCAUUGCUCUACGACCGAGUAAUAAGUCUGAUGAAUCGCUUCAUUUGCCCUUGAAUAUUCAAUAAAUACACAUUUUGUCCUGAAUAUAAUCUUUUGAGCUUUGAUGUCAUUUUCCAUUCA